AUGCCUGGUCCAAAGGAAGCGAAGAUCGACCAGAUGAACAACUUCUUGGAACCUCUGGUAGACGAGCUGGUAGAGUUAUACGGCGGCAUAACUAUGAAAACUCCAGAGUUCCCCAAUGGUACUAGUAUCCGCGCUGCUCUUAUGUGUGUUGCUUGCGACAUACCUGCUGCAAGAAAGACUGCUGGAUUUACAGGAUUUGCAAGUACAAACGCCUGUCACAUAUGCAAGCGUCAUUUCACUGUUGUUGCUGGAACAAAGGAAAAUGCAACCGAAGCUGAGAUGUGGUUCUGCGCAGAAUCUGAUGCAGAGAGAGCUGUUUUGGAGAAGCAGCAUGGCACCUGUUUUUCCGAGUUGCAUCGCCUACACUACUUUGAUCCCGUCCGAUGCACAAUUGUUGAUCCCAUGCACAAUUUGUUUCUUGGGACAGCAAAGCGUAUGAUCAGUGUUUGGAAAGACCUGAGGUAUCUCCCAACUGCUGUUCUCGUCCGUAUGCAACGUCUUGCCGAUGGUAUUCUUGUUCCUCCUGGGUAUGCCGUUUUAUCAACAAAGAUCGAAUCUGGUUUCCCAUAUAUGAAGGCAGACGAGUGGCGAUCGUGGUGUCUGAUUUAUUCGUUGGUGAUACUAAAAGACGCUUUGCCUGAAGACGACUACAAAAACUGGACUCUCUUUGUAAAAGCAUGCCGAAAGUUGACCGGUCCUUCAGUCACAUAUUCAGAAAUUGACAGCGCACACCAGCUCCUUGGAGAAUUCGGAAAAGAGUGUGAGACUCUUUAUGGAGAGAGCAGCAUCACGCCAAAUAUGCACUUGCAUAUGCACUUGCGUGAGUCAAUGCUUAAUUUUGGUCCGGUAUACGCAUUCUGA